AUGAAUAACCGGGACAAGUAUAAGGACAGACAGAGAGGCUCCAGAAACAAGAGCAGAAUCAGGUCACAUGAGGCGAGACAAGUUAUUGUAAAAGGGACGGAUUUGCUUGGUGCAGGAAUAUCAGCUUCUCAACAUCAGGCUGUUCUCACUCAGAUCACGGACUCCGAGCUCGACAGACAACCCAUCCGAAAGGGUCUUAGCACACUACGUUCGCACAAUAAAUCAAAGAUGGCCAGCACUCUGUCUCGCGCUCUUCCCCGCCUCGUCUCUUCCCUACACACCACGCCCAUCCUCAGCCGCCCACGAUCUCACAAGGCCCUCGCCAGGACCAUCACCAGCUUCCAUGGACUGCAGGGCCUCGCGCAGCCAUGGCGGGUACCGACGGAAGAGGCUCCUGAGCUGGUGGAGAGCGGGGAACUGGCGCUGCACUUGGAGGCCCUCCAGCGUUGGCACGACGAAGCUGAGCUCCUGCGGGAGGCGAGAGUCCUUCCUCCAGGCGUUGACGACCAGAUCAACCUCGAGGCAGAGACUCGAGACCAAGUCAAGGACCUCAUGGAGACUCUGAUUGAGGAAGAAAUCCUGGACGUCCGUCGGGGUUGGGUCCUCGCCUCCAACUAUUAAUCGUUCGGUCUGAACUGUUCUCUCAAGAAGGAAGCUGAGCACAGCGUGCUGUUCAGGCGGCACCUAGGGCUCUCCCGCGAAGCCUCUGGUCACGACGACGAAAGCAAAGGGCCUUCCGCUUCGGCGACGAAGGCGCUGUGACACUGGACGAGGGAUUCCCUUUCUGGUUUCGCCUGUACCUUGAAUGCAUAGUUUUAGGAUACAGUGACUGUAACUCUUCUGAGUUGCUGAUGAAAUGUUUCUUGCAUUUGACAAGGAAAUUAUCCUAUACAAUGUUUGUGUUGUAAUGACAGCAACUCACGUUUAAAAAUAACAGGGUUGUCAAUAUCUGUUUUUAUACUCAUAUGACUGCGAUGUUCUGUCGCUAUUGAAGAAAUUCUCUCAUUUGAUCAAUACAAUAUGUUGAUGUUUACAUCAAUAAAAUAUUUAUGUUUAUAAUAUUUUUUUCUGAAAUGCCCUUGUACAAACCCCUUUUUUGGACUCUAAUGUAAGGUAACUGAAAUACUAAUUUUGACUUUGGAUUCUUACAAACAAUAACUUCUUA